AUGGGGGCGUACAGAACAGACGAUGAUUAUGAUUAUUUGUUCAAGGUGGUGUUGAUCGGAGACUCUGGGGUUGGGAAAUCGAACCUGCUGUCGAGAUUUACCAGGAACGAGUUUAGCCUCGAAUCCAAAUCCACCAUCGGUGUUGAGUUCGCCACUAGGAGUAUUCGAGUCGAUGAUAAGGUGGUCAAGGCCCAAAUUUGGGACACUGCUGGACAAGAAAGUGUUGAUUUUGUUAUAUGCAAUUUUGAAAUGAUAAUGCUGGUUAGUAACAUUAGAAAACAUGUUUCGGGCUCAACCUUUUUUGCUAGCGUUGGUGCAGCACUUUUCUUGUUUCAACAGUUGGCUGGGAUCAAUGUUGUUGUAUACUAUUCAACUUCUGCAUUCCGUAGUGCGGGGAUUGCCUCUGAUGUUUCAGCAAGUGCUCUUGUUGGAGCCGCAAAUGUCUUUGGUUAG